AUGUCCUUGACUCUGCGUCCAGAGGAGCUCGGCGGGAUGAGCGGGGCGCGGUGGCUGCGUUGGACCCGAAACGCGGAAGGAGUCGUCAGGCUCCGCUCCUCCAGAGCGUCGGCUGCGGGGCGCCGGGGGAGCUGUGGUUCGGACAGGCCGUCAGCCAGCGGGAGACCCGUCCUGUGGGAGCUGGAGAAAUCCGUUCUGCAGAUGGGCUCCCUGGACAGUGAGGAGCCGAGUGGGAUGCCGCUGGUGGUGCCAAACCCUCUCUGUCCCCAGAGAGAGCUCUGGGAGCGGGUGCCUCACGGCGCUGGAGGAUUUGGCGAGGGCCCCGUGCACGGCUGGGUCGGGUGUGGGCAGCGGGAACGGACAGGGAACUUCUCCCGCCCGCGCUGCGGGGCCGCCCGAGACAGAGGAGACACUGCUUUGAAAACCACCGUCUUGAAGGAAGAGAAGGGAGCCCAGGCUGCCGCUGGCUGUGCUGCGAGAAGGAAAGGAGGAAGGACCUUUAUCUCAGCUCUUCUGCCAGGACAAAGCACCGAGAUGCAGCCUGUGCCCCUGCACAGCCUUUCGGAGCUGGAAAGAGCCAGUCUGCAAGAGAUCGCUCUCUACCAGCUGCAGGAGAAGCUGCUUGUUGGGGAUCUCAGCCUGACUAAAGUUGGACCUAAAGGCAGCAAAUCUAUCCGCCAGAAACUGGAGAGCUUUUCAAAGGAGAAGAAAGACUGCUUUCCACAGACUUUCGGGAUCCCACUUUUCCAAGUCAUCGCCAACGACCGUGCCUACAAGCAACUGCAGGAAGCAGUGAAGAAGAGCCGCCGGCUCUGCCUGGAGGUGGAAGCGACGGUGACGAGAUUUCGGGCUCAGAGGCAGAAGAGGUCCCCGAUGGGCAGGAGCUAUGGCCUGGUACCCUGCGGGGUCUUCCCAGAGGAGCCGCUUUCCCCAACUUUUCUCGACAACAGCUCCUGGAGCCAGCGAAGGGGGGCAAUGUCCGUGGACUCCAUCGCUGACCUGAGCGACAACACUUCCAAGCUGCUGGAGGCACUGCAGUUGUCACACCCCCACGAGCUGGAUCCACGCAGGAGCCUGGGCAAGAAAAAGGCGUUGAGCCUCAACCCCAUCACCUGGCAGGUCCCGCGGAUUGUGGACCGAUGUUGCGAACACAUUGAAACACACGGUCUCCAAACGGUGGGCAUCUUCCGUGUCGGGAGCUCCAAGAAAAGAGUUCAGCAGCUGAGGGAAGAGUUUGACCAAGGUCUGGAUGUUUUCUUGGAUGAGCAUCAAAGCGUUCAUGAUGUGGCUGCUCUGCUCAAAGAGUUUCUUCGGGACAUGCCGGAUUCCCUGAUUCCCAGAGAGCUCUAUGGAGCCUUCCUCAGCACAGCCUCCAUGGAGGGUCCGGCACAGCUGGCCGCCCUCCAGCUGCUGCUCUUCCUGCUGCCCCCCUGCCACAGCGACACGCUGCACCGGCUCCUGCGGUUCCUCAGCGAGGUGGCCCGGCACGCCGAGAUCUCCCGGGGCCCCGAUGGCCAGGAGAUUCCUGGGAAUAAAAUGACAGUUUCAAACUUGGCCACAAUCUUUGGUCCCAACAUCCUUCAGAAAGAGAAGCCUGGGGAGAAAGACGUUGGUGCCAUGAACUUCGAAGACAGUGCUGCCAUCAUACUGGUACUCCAGAGGCUGAUUGAGCACUACCAGACCUUGUUCAUGGUCUCUCCAGAGAUGCAAUGUCACAUCCUAAGGAGGCUAUUUCAGACAGACCCCGAUGUCAUCGACUAUCUUUUGCGCAGGAAGAUCAACGCCAUGCCGAGCACAGAGAAUAAGGAUUCAACAGAGGAGCACACUCCAUCCCCACUGCCCGGUCGGACCCGCACCCUGGAGACCAGCUCGGUCUCAUCAGACUUGUACAGCAAUGUCUCAUUUCUCAACCUGGACGUUGGCAUCUAG